AAGUGUUCUCGCUGCCAGGGGGUGCUGUACUGCGGGCGCGAGCACCAGAGCGCGCACUUCGCCGAGCACAAAGCUCUCUGCAGACAGAUCAAGAAGGCCCGCGACCUGAUGGAGAAGGAGGCGGACAAGGUCCGCAACGCCGACGAGGACGACAUGUUCACGCCCGCGAACGCCUUCGAGACGGACGUUGGUCACUUCUGGGGGGUCCUCAACACGCGCCCCUACAUGCGCGCCAAGAUGGGGUUGAUCCGCGCGCUGUCCAUGCUCGACUUUCGUCCGGCCAUUGAGGCGGCGCUGGCCGAAGCCAAAGACUCCCUGCGCCUGUGCCGCAGCGACAACGUCGGCAUCCGCGACCUCGUGCCGACGCUCAUGCUGCUGCUGGGCCAGUACCAGGAGGCCUACGACUUCAUCAAGUGGUACGCGACGACCGGCGAAGAUCCACACUACAGCUGGGGCGACAUGGAGCUGCCCUUCCUGGACAUGCACGACGCCGACAUGACGGAGGAAGAGCUGCCGGUGGAUGGCCGCAAUCUUUUCUUCCUGAGCUCCCUCGUGUGCAUCAAGAUGACGCUGGCCAAGUCCAUCAAGGACGCCAUUGUGGCGCACGAGCUGGCGGACCGCGCGUCGCUUCCUGCGGGCGUGACAGACUCACUGGGGAAGUUCCUGGCGCCAAAUAGACACACGCGCAGCCUCGCGGACCUCAAGAAGCUUCACAAGAAGCUCGCGAGCCAGACACAAAAGAUUUUUUCGCUCACGCACGCCCAGAACAAGCACUUCUGGGGCGCGAUGCUGGACCCAGCGCCUAUGAUUCAAGCGCCCGAUCCGUCUUACUACUCGGACGGCGAUGAAAGCCAAGUCAAGAUCUGGGUGAAGCAGAACGCCAUGCUGUGG